AUGUUCUCGACGGCUAUGAAAGACGUGGGCUUUUCAUGUUGGAAUAGUACUCAAACGUCAAAAUGGUGUCCAAACAGAAUAAAGAUCGUGGCCGGAAAAUGUUCAAAGAAUGAGGUAUACAUGAAAUGCGGAUCAGAUUGCGGCCACACUUGCGAUGAUAUUAUGCGAAAUGAGAUAAAAUGUCCUGAAGUGUGUCUCACGGGUUGCUUUUGUAAGCCGGGCUACUUUAGGGACGGCCGACAGAAUGGUCGGUGCGUUCGGUCGACACGUUGUAAGACCAUCGCCAUAAGCACCUGGGCUUUCGGUUUGAUACUUAGGCCCAAAUGUCCAGACCUGGAGGAAUACAAGUGCGGCACCAAUUGUGGCAACAAUUGCGAUGAUAUCGGCAAUGAUAUGAAUUGUGCCAACAGU